AUUGACUCCCUCUCCUAUCGCCUCGCUACCCUCCUCAUCCUUUUCUUCACCUACACACACGCAAUUAUAUAUAUAUAUAUAUAUAUAUAUACAUACAUAUAUAUUACCUUGUGAUCACUUUGAAGCAAAACCCUCUUUUUAUUAUUCUAGCAAUCCUUCGAAUUCAUCAAAAUCUCUCUCUCUCUCUCUCUCUCUCUCUCUCUCUCUCUCUCCCCCCCCCCCCCCCCCCCCCCCCCCCGGGAAUCUCUGAGUUUCAGAACUCUCUCAAGGGUCAAGGCUGGGACUAGAAACGGGACUGCGAUUCUGUCGCAUUCCAUUGCCUAAAACCCUAGAGUUAAAGCCUCUGAAUCGGGUUUUAGUUUGUUACUGAUGUUUUAAGGGAAAGCCGGGUGUUGGUGUUUUGAAUCUUUUGAUGGAGCGUUGGCUGUUGUGAUCGAAUUUGUGGGCGUGGAUCGGAAUGCGGGUUAAAGAGAUGCACCCAUUGUGUUGUAUAUCGUUGGAGAGUCCCGGAGUCGGGGACCAGUCGCCGGUGGCGGGGAGGGGCCCGCCGGCUGGGUGGCCCGGCGGAUCUGACGGCAAUGCGGGGCGGGCGGCGGGAUCUGACGGCAGUGUCGCCGGGGUUCUCUACAAGUGGACGAAUUACGGGAAGGGUUGGAGAUCCCGGUGGUUCCUGCUGAGGAACGGAGAGCUUUCGUACGCCAAGAUUCGUAGGCCGGAGAGCAUGAGUCUCCUGUCGCCGGCCGACGACGUCAAGGUCAUCGGCGACGUCCCCACCGGUCGGCUCGCGAGGCUCGAUAGCUCCGGAUCGAGGCGCAGGCACCAGAAGAGUGGUGGUAAUGGAGGAAUCGUCCAUCUCAAGAUCUCAUCAUUUCGUGAGAGCAAGUCAGACGAUAGGCGAUUUUACAUAUUUACUGCUACUAAGACCCUUCACCUGAGGACUGAUUCAAAGAGCGAUCGGGUGGCUUGGAUUGCAGCUUUGGUCUCAACUCGAAACCUGUAUCUACUGCGCCCGCUGAAUGAUAACUUACCCCUUGCGCCACAAGAUAUAUCAGCAUCAACUCAUAGGCUUAAAAGCCGCUUGCUGGAAGAGGGAAGCAGCGAGGCACUUGUCAAGGACUGUGAACAGAUCAUGCUUUCAGAGUUUUCAGAAUUACAAGGACAACUUAAAGUGCUUUGUGAAGAACGCUCCAAUUUGCUUGAUACAUUACGGCAGCUGGAGGCAGCUAAUAUUGAAGCUGACGGCUCUGGAAUUCAUGAUAAUGACUAUCAACUGACAAAGAACGAAUUUUCUAGUCUAGUGCGUGGAAAAUACAGUGAGUGCAGCACAACUGAAUCAUCUGAUGAUAUUGAGAAACAGGAGCUUGAAGGAGUGUCAGAUGAAGAAGAAACAUCCUUUUUUGAUACAAAUGAGUACUUUAGUGAUCCUGCUGUUUGUCGUGGGUCCGCAGUAGGAGUUACAAGUUGUGUAAAUAAGUGUAUGGAACCUGAUCAUCAAUAUGAUAAUGCUGUAAAGAAACACAUUGAGAAGCAACUUUGUGGGUCUAGAUAUCCUUACAUUGAACGGCGCAAGAAGCUUCCUGACCCAGUUGAGAAAGAGAAAGGGGUCAGUCUUUGGUCUAUGAUCAAAGACAAUGUAGGAAAGGAUCUUACACGAGUUUGUCUUCCUGUUUAUUUUAAUGAGCCAAUAUCAUCUCUUCAGAAAUGUUUUGAGGACUUGGAGUACUCGUAUCUUUUGGAUCAAGCAUAUGAGCAUGGGAAAGCGGGAAACAGUCUACUAAGAGCUAUGAAUGUUGCUGCUUUUGCGGUCUCUGGAUACGCAUCUUCUGAAGGUCGGCACUGUAAACCAUUCAAUCCUUUGUUAGGAGAAACUUAUGAAGCUGACUAUCCAGACAAAGGGAUUCAUUUCUUUUCUGAGAAGGUUAGUCACCACCCAACCCUAAUUGCCUGUCAUUGUCAGGGGAAGGGCUGGAAGUUCUGGGGCGAUAGCAAUCUCCGCACAAAAUUUUGGGGCCAGUCAAUUCAGCUUGAUCCUGUUGGAGUUCUGAGCCUAGAGUUUGAUGAUGGUGAGAUUUUCCAAUGGAGCAAGGUCACAACAACCAUUUAUAAUCUAAUCCUUGGUAAGGUGUAUUGUGAUCACCAUGGAAUCAUGCACAUACGUGGUAAUCGCCAAUAUUCAUGCAAACUCAAAUUCAAAGAGCAAUCUCUUCUCGACCGAAAUCCUCACCAGGUUCGAGGAUUUGUUGAAGAUGUUAAUGGGAAAAAGGUUGCCACCAUAUUUGGGAAAUGGGAUGAAAGCAUGUAUUAUAAUAGUGGAGAUGGGACUGGGAAAUCUAGGGAUUCAUCAUUGGAUGCUACCUUGUUGUGGAAAAGGAGCAAGCCAUCUCUUAAUCCCACCCGGUACAACUUGACGUCAUUUGCUAUUACUCUAAAUGAGCUAACACCAGGAUUGCAGGAGAAGCUUCCUCCCACUGAUUCAAGAUUAAGGCCUGACCAACGGCAUCUGGAGAAGGGGGAAUAUGAGAAGGCAAAUGCAGAGAAACUGCGUUUGGAGAUGAGGCAGAGAAUGUCAAGUAAAUUACAAGAAAAUGGGUGGAGGCCCCGAUGGUUCAAGAAAGAAGGUGAAAAUGGGCCCUAUCACUAUGUGGGUGGGUACUGGGAGGCACGAGAGCAGGGGAAAUGGGAUGGAUGCCGUAACAUUUUUGGUGAAUUCAAUGAAGAGCUUGUUAAUACUUUAGAAGGGUCUUAAUGGUAGCUCAGGUGUGAACGUUUUCUGCAUAGAGGUAAUGGAUGAAUGAAAUGCUUUUGAGGACUAUAAAAUAGAAAGGCAGCAAGCAGUGCUGACAAGUGGCUUGCUUUUUCCUGAUUUUGCCUCUCAUCUGGUUAGUGUGAGGUUGUACACAUUCCCAAGGGUUCAUUCAGCGGAGAACCAAUCUUUUUAGCGAGGAGAUGGGGUUUGGUUUGUUCAGAUUCUGAAGUCUCCUAGUCACAAAUCGUUGUUUUUUACAGGCAGGGUAGUUUGUGUAAUCUCUCUCUCUCUCUCUCUCUCUCUCUCUCUCUUCAAUUUGUUGAAGUUUCUCUAUAUGCUGCUGUUCAAUGGUUGACCCAUUUGUUUAGAUAAUUAUUGUAUUUUCUAUUUUAGAAUAAAGAAAGAAAAAAGAAAUUAUGUAGCUAUUUGCAUUUUUUUGGGCAAUUCAAGGAAUAGAUAGACUUCUAUUGAUGUUAAUAUUCCAAAAUAUUUAUAAAUAAAAAAAUUAUAAUACCUUGUUAUUUGCA